UUGAACACGAGUUCGCAACACGAGCAAGAAAUCAUCCAAGAGUUAACAAAUAUUGUGAUGUAUCACGUGAUAUACGUUUUUUAAAAGGAGUAAUAGAGUAUACUGCGUGGGCUUCCUGUGGUUGUUCAGGAAGAUCGGACAAACAAGAUGAUGGUGGCUACCAGUUGAUAUAUUGCCAAUCAAAUUGCUUCGAUCUUAAAUAGACACGUGUACUAUUCAAACACAAAUCACUCCGAAGGUACCGUUAGAUUCACGAUGGCCGCAAGAUCUUGGGUCUAUGUAUUAUUUAUAAUCCUAUUUCCAGACGUUAUUAUUUCGUCUGAGAACAUCCAAGAAGCUGAUGGAAAUAGAGUGGAAGACGUGGAAAAAAUUGACCUAAAACAUGCUAAAGACAAAUACAAGUUUAAAGCUUCUUGGGAAGGUUACCUUAGGAACAUUGAUGAUGCCAUUACCAAAUAUGAAGAUUGCUCUAAUAAAUUCUGUGGUUGCUAUAGAGAUGUAAUCGACAAUGACUUACGACUAUGGAGUGAUAGAGGUGGCAUAAUCAAAUCUAUUUUUGAUAUUGCCAAAAACCGUGGAACUCAUUACCAGAUUAUUAAUCACAAGCUUUAUAGAGAGAAGGAGUGUAUGUUUCCUUUCAGGUGCAAAGGAGUAGAACAUUUUUUAUUGGAAAUUAUUGAUAAACUACCAGAUAUGGAGAUGAUAAUUAAUGUCCGUGACUGGCCACAGUCACCAGUUUGGAAUGAACCACUCCCAGUAUUUUCAUUUAGUAAGACUAGCAAUGAAGUAGACAUCAUGUAUCCAGCCUGGACAUUCUGGGAGGGGGGGCCAGCUGUCUGGCCGAUCUAUCCAACAGGGUUAGGCAGAUGGGACUUGAUGAGGGAGGCAUUAAUCAAAAAGUCAGAUGAAUGGCCUUGGGAAAAGAAGACACCAAAGGCUUUCUUCAGGGGAUCAAGGACAAGUUCUGAAAGAGAUCCUUUAGUUAUUCUAUCAAGAGAACAUCCAGACUUAGCUGAUGCCAAGUACACUAAAAACCAAGCUUGGAAAUCUGAUGCUGAUACCUUAUAUGAAGCACCAGCAAAAGAGGUCCCACUAGAAGAUCACUGCCAACACAAAUACUUGUUCAAUUUUCGGGGUGUAGCUGCUAGUUUCCGUUACAAGCACUUAUUCCUGUGUAAAUCACUAGUAUUCCAUGUAGGCGAUGAGUGGCUAGAAUUCUUUUAUAAAGCACUCAAACCUUGGGUUCAUUAUAUACCAGUCAAGACAGAUCUAUCAGAUGCAAGGGAUCUCUUAGAGUUUGCUAUAGCUAAUGACAAUGUUGCGCAACAGAUCGCCGAAAGGGGAUACACGUUUAUCAAAGAGCACUUGAGAAUGCCAGAUAUACGGUGUUACUGGAAAAGACUAUUAAAGAAGUAUGCCAAACUGUUGAAGUGGAAACCAGUUAGAAACAAUGAUUUCAUGAGGAUCACUGGAAAUGAGAGUUGAACGACCAAUAUAGAGUUAGUACUGUAACUUCCUAGAAUUCCUGGAAAUUUUCUAAAAUUCCGGCGUGUUGGACUGAAUCUGUAAAAGUAUUAUGCCAAGCUCUUGUAAUGAAAACGCGAACAAGACUUCUUUGAAGAGUAUUGGACUGACGACUGAAACUCAAACCCACCUAUUUACACUAUUUCUGGAAUUCCUGGAAAACAUGUAAAAUUCCAUUGUUUUUUUCUUGGUGUAUACUGAUUCCAUAAAUUGGUGUUUUAGCUCUUUUGUCGAUUCAUUAAAUAUCGCUCACACACCGUGGGCAGUUGCGCGACCACAACCCAUAAAGAAGCGAAAACCACGACUUAUGAAGCAGUCUAGUUUCCGGUGGUAAGAUCCCAUCGAUUGCUAGUCAAUUCCCUCCAAAAAUAUUUAGAAAUUGCCACCAUAUGUAGAAAAAUCAAUAUAACUAUUAUUAUGCAGCCCCUUCCUCACUGCUGAAAAAUGAGAUUCGCCAUUUUCCAUACUAAUCGUGUUGUAAUAAUAAAAGACAUGACAUUUUUA